CAGGUGUUUGAUGAUAACCUAGAGCCUUUCUGAGGACUUAUGAGAACAGUGUCCUCUUGGUGGGUCAGUUUAGAAACAGCUUUGUCUUUAACAAAAGAAAACUAUACCAUCAGCAUGAGGCUGAUCCUUCAGAAUUCAAAGAAAACGUGAUACCCUGAGUGUAGACAUGAGGACUUUAAAGCAGGAGGCAGAGUAAACAUUCAAAACAGAGAACUAUGGACAGCUAAGCAUCUUACAGGGUUUUAUUUCUAACAGCCUAAAGUCUUUCCAUAGCCCAUAGAAGCCACAGUCUCAGAGUCCUUCCCAACCAUGUCAUGACAGGUCCUACUGUGACCUCAUGAGGAGCGAUUGUGAGGCGGCCCAGCAAACAGAAAUUAAGGUGUUGCCAGGCCUGGAAUUCUUUGAGUUCUUUGAGAGGUGGUGUGGGCUGGAGCCCUCUGCGACUUGGUUGUAUCUACUGAGCUGUGUGUGGUUGUAUCGGAUUUUACUGUACUGUGUAUAUGUGUAUAUAUCAGUGUGUGUAAGAGAGUGUGUGUUGACAGAUUUGCCUGUGUGUGAGUGUGUGUACACUUUUGCCUGUGUGUUUGUCAGUAUAUGUAGGAGUGGGUGAGUUUACAAGUUUGUGUGUGUGUAUGUGUUUGUAUGUCUGUACUUCUUCUUGUGCGUGAGUGUUUGUCCCUGUGUGUGUGUGUGUGUGUGUGUGUCUGAUGUGUGUUUUUCCACGUUUGCUUGUGUGUAAGUAUGUGUGUUUUGUGUGAAUCUGGGUGUUUGUAAGAGUUUGUGUGAGUAUAAGUUCACUUCUGUGUAUUUCUGUGUGAGUGCCUCUGUGUGUGGCUGUGGUGUGUGUGUGUGUGUGUGUGUGUGUGUGUCCCUGUGUGUGACUGUGUGUGUCUGUGUGUGCACGUACCCAUCUCCUUUUGCCCCUUGUAUCUAUAUUACCUGCACCUCAGUGCAAGAGAGUGUAGAGGCCAAAAGUCACCCCGGCUGCUGUUCCUGAGGUAGCAUUAGUACUGAUAAAAUGCCUACAGAGACUGAGGAGGAGUUACCAACCCCUACACCCGAGCCCAGUAUCUCUGAAGAGGACAACUUCCAUUCCCAAUACCAAGUAUUGAGGACAAUUGGGCAAGGGGGCAACGCCAAAGUCCUCCUGGCCCACCACCGGCUCACAGGAACCCCGGUGGCUGUCAAAGUUCUGCGAAAGGACAAGCAGUGGUUCCAGCCAGCCAUGAUGGAAGCAAACAUAAUGAGAAAGAUCAACCACCCCAACAUAGUGUCUCUCAUACAAGUUACUGAAAAGGAAACGAGAAUAUACCUCAUAAUGGAGCUGGUGGAAGGCCAAGAACUCUACCAGUACAUCAGAGAGUCAGGGCACAUAGAGGAGGAUGAGGCCCGGCAAAUAUUUGAACAGAUAUUGUCAGCAGUGAGCUACUGCCAUGGAAAGGGGAUUGUUCACCGAGACCUCAAACUGGACAAUAUAAUGAUUGAUAAAAACAAAAAGGUCAAAGUCAUCGACUUUGGGCUUAGUACACAAUUUCAACCUGGAAAAAUGCUAAACCACCACUGUGGCACGUACUCUUUUGGUUCCUCUGAACUCCUCCUUGGCCAUCGGUAUGACAGGCCGAAGAAUGAUAUGUGGAUUAUAGGAGUGGUCUUGUACUGUAUGGUAGUGGGAAAGCUCCCAUUUGAUUCAGUGAUCAUCCAAGAUCUGCAAAGACAAGUAGUGGCAGGGGUAUAUCCUGCUCCCUGUGGGGUUUCAAAAGAACUGGAGGACCUCCUUAGUAAAUUACUGAGAGUAAAUCCCAACUUUAGACCAACAGCAAGAAAGGCGAUGAAACACCCUUGGUUCAAAGAACACUGGAACGGAUUGAUAGUUCCCUAUGAAGAACUGCUUCCCCUCACACCAGACCCGGCCAUUUUGGAUGCCAUGAAAAGCAUUGGAUUACAAGCCUCUGUAGUAAAACACACUUUAAAACAAAGAAAAUAUAAUGAGGAAAUGGCAACUUAUUUCUUUCUACAAAAGCAGGCUCUCCAGGCGGAUGGCUGCACAGCCCAGGCACAGCAAGUGAGUCCCGUUGCAGCCCCAUUCCCUAGCCUUGAUCCUGCUGCUGCUUUUAGAUUAGAACCAAAGAGGAGUGGAAGCCUGCCAGUCCUUGGCACAUUGCGGGUGUCAUCCUCCCAUGGUCACGUAUCUCACUAUGGCCAGAAUGCUCAUCCAAAAGGAGGCAAAAGAUCCACUGUGGCUGGUCGUCUCAGGCCACUACCGAUGACACCUACACAGGACCACUAUCACAAAUGUGCCGUGAGUGUCCCAUGCAUUCAAACAACAAGCAUCUUCAGUGAGAAGAGUAGCAAUAAGAAAAUCAAAGAAGACAACCCACUCUCCCACAGAGCCCCAUUAGAGGAUAAGCCCAUCCCCAGCAGGGUCCGGCACAGAGGUUUUAAGGGGUGGACCAGGAAUAUAGCAAAUGCCCUGAUAAAGCUGUGUUGCUGCAUGCCAAGGAGAAAGAAACCUCGCCUGGGGCAGAACAGAAUCUCCCCCCAGAAAUGAGCCACAGGGAGAGUCCAGAGAACAAGCAGCAGGCAUAGCCCAGUGUCAUCUGGAAAUUCUUUCAUGUCCUCAGUAUAAACAGUAGGUGAUUUCAGACACAUGGCAAUGGAAAAGACACCAGCAGAAACUACAGCAGCAACAGGAGUAGCAACAAUAGCAGAAGCAGCAUUAGGCACAGCAGCAGCAGGAGGAGGAGAACGAGGAGGGUAGGAGUAGGAGGAGGAGGAGGAGGAGGAGGAGGAAGAUGAAGAGAGGAGGAGAAGGAAGAGGAGGAGGAGGAAGAGAAGGAAGAGGGGGAGAAAAAGGAGGAUGAAGAGCAGGGGGAAUAUUUUGAUUCCCAGUCCCCGUGAGAAUUGCUGAUGACUACGUCUGGACACAGAUAUCAUGCUGAGAACUGUUUAUCAAAAUGAUUUAACAGAAUAUUAAUUUUCAUAGAAGACAUGUCAAAGUUCCUGAGGGCAUGCAGCCCUGGAAAAGAGAGCCAGAUGGCAGAGGCAAGCAGUGAGGAAUGUUCUUACUGAGGAGGACCUUCUCAAAGCUGAUGAUGUAAUAGGUAUGAAGGAGCAUUUCAUGGGAGUCACGGUCCCAUGCCCCUGUGUCAGGGCACACAGAGCUCCUAGCCUUGCAUCCUGCGUGAGAGGGGACCUGGAAUAUUCCCUGAUUCCCACAGGGUCCUGGAUUGCAUGGUUCCCCCUCAGUUAUGGUCCUCCCUGUGCCUCAUGGGGUCCGCAGCUUCUACGGGCUGAAUUUAUAUCAGUGAUUAACUGGAGCUGGACCACAACCACAACACAAGCAAGCCCUGGGCACUGAGGACAUUAAGAGCAACAGACAACAUCUCCUCCACUGCUUCUGACUCUGCUCCACAAGGUAAGGCAGCUCCCACACAGCAGGCAUCCAGCCUAACUCCCAGCAGGGAGAGUGUGAGAUGUCUGUGGAUGAGCCCACAGGGACUACAGGAUUCUGUGGGAAGACAUCUGGUAGCUUCUGGAGCAGCUGCAGCAGCCAGGACACAUGAACUACAGUGGAGUUCAGAUCCUCAGCUGGCCUCAUCACGGACAGUCCCAUGAGGAGGGGGUGUUUGGUUCCUGCUUCCCAGUUAGGGCAGGAACAAGCCCAGACGCAGUGAGUAAGGACAGUGCUUCUGUCUUGACCCAGCUUCCUUGUCCUCCCCCCUCCCCCAACUCAUAUCAGGAGCCACCCAGAGACCUUCAUAGGAGUGUGGGUCAUGUUAAUCGGAAUGCACAGCUGGAGAUUAAAUUCUGGGUAAGGUCUCCAUCCAGCCCUGGUGGCUCCCACACCCUGCCUACCUAAGUUUUCCCAAUUGGGUCCUCAGGGUCGUGGAGAAUCUUCUACAGGCUGCCGUGAAGAUACAGCCAGUUUCUU